AUGUACCUUCAUAUUUUAUUGUUAAACGAUUCACAACAAAAAUAUUGUUAUUUACUAACAUUCAAAAAACUUGUAUCCACCAACAUAGGUGUUCAAGGCGUUGUCUAUUGCAAAUCAGGCUCAAAACUCAUCCCACUUGAAGGGGCAUUGACAAGGAUAACGUGUGAGGCUGUAGAUGAAUAUGGGUUUGAAACGACACCGUUGUCUUUCUUAAGUGGGGAAACCGACGCAAAAAAGGAACUAAAAGAGUGUAGGGCUUUCCUUGAUGCCUCACCAUUGGAUAAUUCUAGUUAUCCCACAGACGUUAACAAGGCGAUCAGUGGUGCUUUGCUUCAUUCUUAUCGUUUCCUUAAUGACAAGAAGAUGAAAUUAUAUACCGUGGGGCCUUUUCUAUUCACUUCACCACCUAAAUCAAUAUCUAAUGGCUAUUAG